GAAUGCUCUGGGCUGGUGUGUGUGUUUGUCUAUGUGAAAGCUCUGGGCUGCUGUGUGCGUGUGUGGCUGCAUGAUGGAGCAGGCCGGGAGGGGGAGCAGCACACGCAGUUAGGGGAUGAAUCCCCGCAUCCUCUCCUCAGUGCUGUCACAGCAGAAGAAGCCGCGGGACCGGGAGCCAGAGCCCGCUGCGGGGCAGAGCGAUCGGGAUCGGCGCAUCUUCCUCCAGCUGCAGUGAGAGCCGCGAUGCUGCCCUGGCGCAGGAACAAGUUCGUGCUGGUGGAAGAGGAUCGCCAGGGCAAAGCCAAGAGCCUGGGCCCGGGGCUAAGCUACGCCUCGCUGCUCUCCAGCUUCGUGCGCUCCUGCCCGGACCUGCUGCCCGAGUGCCCGCUGGAGCGGCUGGGCAGCGUCUUCCGCAGCCGGCGGCACAAGGUGGAGCUGAACCAGGAGGACCCCACCUACACGGCCUGGUACCUGGGCAACGCGGUCACUCUGCAGGCCAAGGGCGAGGGCUGCACGGACGAGGCGGUGGGCAAGAUCUGGGCCAAGAGCGGCGGCGGGGCCAGCGGCACCAGGGUCAAGCUGACGCUGGGGGCGCACGGCAUCCGCAUGGCCCCCUGCGAGAAGCGGGGCGGCGGCGGGCGGCGCCCGGGCCACGUCUACCUGCUGCGCCGCAUCACCUACUGCGCGGCCGACGCCCGGCGCCCCAAGCUCUUCGCCUGGGUCUACCGGCACCAGGUGAAGCACAAGGCCGUGGUGCUGCGCUGCCACGCCGCGCUGCUCCCCAAGGCCGGGACGGCGCGGGCCCUGGCGCACCUGCUCCACCAAACGGCCAGCGCCGCCUUCAGCGACUUCAAGCGCCUGCAGCGGCAGAAGGACGCCCGGCGCCUCCAGCGCCAGCGCCUGGGCGACUCCAUCGUCCCGCUGCUGCCCAUCCGCAAGCUGCUCAACGGGCAGGGCCCCUACCGGCCCCCCGCCGACCGGGGCCGUGGCGCCCGCCGGCUCAGCUCCAUCCUGGAGGAGGAGGAGGAGGAGGAGAACCUGGGCGCCUCCCGCAACAACGCGCCCGCCGCCAGCCUCAGCCUGGCCACCGGCUGCGACCGGCCCGCUGCGGGCCCCCAGCGCCGGGAGCGGGCCGAGGUGCUGACUUUAGCCCGGGAGAUGAGGGGCUGGAGCCUCCAGAGCCCGCCGCCCUGGCAGCCCGCCCGAGAGAGGCCCUGCUGCUGAAGCCAGGAGGUUAGAGAUCGCCCAGCUGCCUUCUCGGAAGGGUCCGCCUGACUGGGGUGAGGAGGGGCAGGAGGAGUCUGGAAAGGCCCCCUGCCCACGUCUCCCUGGCUGCUGCCUUUGCAGCCUGAGGAGAGGCAGACAACAGCCAUCAGGCCCUGCUGGCUGUCAGGGCUCACACACAGAUAGACUGACCGACACAGCCUGCAGUUAACACUCCUCCACUGCUAUCCCAGUACAGGCGCCAACUCUGAUGUGGCCCUUGCACCUGUUCUUCUUCUGAGCAGACACUGAAAUGAUCCAGAGGGGUUGGUGCAUAUCUCCAUCUCCUCCACGCACCUCCCCACCCCUACACACACACAGACACUUGCUAACUGCUCAGAGAAAGACUGACUGGCAUUAGAGCCAUACAUAGGCCCUUACUAAAUUGAGACAUGCCCGCAAGUUCUGGAAGGGUGAAG